UAGAGCAUCCGCAACGCGGAGAUUUCAUGAAUCCUUAGCGCAUUAACCUAGGAUGAUCUCAAUAAAAAAAUAUUAACAAGGCUGAGAUCAGUAAGGAGCGGUCCGUAAAUAAGGUGUUUAAGGACUGAGUCCUUAGUGACGUGGCAACGUCGUGCACUCUUUCCUUCUCCUUCUUCCUUUCUUUUCGUUUUCCACCGAGGCCGCCGAUCUCAGCCGGAGACUCUCUCUGAUUAUCCUCUCCCUUCUGUAUCUCUCCGAUUGACAGAUUCGAUUUCGUCUCUUCUUUAUUUCUUCCAAAACCCUCAACUUUUUCAAUUUGGGAGUAAAUCAAAUAUCUCUCUUUGUUGAUGGGCACUGCGUAGGUUUCUGGAUCUCCGACGGAGAUAAUGAAGCGGUUAAAGUGGAUUUUGAUGACAAGCUCAGUUGGGAAUAUCUGUUCAAGGUAUAUUGGCUUUGCCUGAAGGAAGAGCUUUCUCUAACUGUCGACGAGCUUACUGUCCUUGACUGUCCCCGUCGUCUCCGCUCAUCUCUGCCGCGACUCCGUCACCGGCAAAUCACUGCGUUACGCUUACGUCAACUUCGAUUCCGCCAUCACCGGUACAAAAAACAAACUCAAUCUAUGUGUUGAUUCGGAUGUUUAGUCCCUUCGGAGUCAUACUUUCUUGCAAAGUAGCUGAGGAGAAUGGCCAAAGUAAAGGCUUCGGUUUUGUUCAGUUUGCUACGGAGCAAUCUGCUGUUGCUGCUCGUCUUGCCUCCCAAGGCUCUAUGGUUGAUGGCAAGAAACUGUUUGUGGUUAAGUUCAUUAACAGGGAUGAAAGAGCUGCUAUGUCUGGGAAUCAAGAGUUCACAAACGUUUAUGUGAAGAAUCUGCUCGAGAGUGUUACAGAGGAUUUUCUCCAUACGAUGUUUUCUCAAUGUGGGACGGUCUCUAGUGUUGUGGUUAUGAGGGAUGGUAUGGGAAGAUCGAGAGGUUUCGGAUUUGACAACUUCUGCCAUCUCUCAAUGGAAAACCACAUGGAUCGAAGAAGUUGUUUGUUGGAAGGGAUUUGAGAAAAGGUGAAAGGAUGGAGAUGCUGAAACAGAAGCACAAAGACAAUUUUGUUGCCAAGUUUAAUGUUGGUUGGUUUAAUCUGUACGUGAAGAACUUGAGUGAAGCAAUCAACGAAACAAGGCUGCGAGAGAUAUUUGGAAGCUAUGGGAAGAUAGUCUCAGCAAAAGUGAUGCGUGAUGAAAGUGGCAAAAAUAAAGAAUUCAAUUUCAAUUUAAAAAAAAAAUUAAUAAAAUUUUUUUUCCUUAA